UACACUGAUAAAUGAAAAAUACAGAAUAUAGUAUAUUGCGAAUAAUUUUGUGUCCAUUAAACUUUAGAGACUAGAGUGCAGAAAUUAGUCAAAUAAAUCACUGGAGUCGUGAAUAAUAUAAUUUGGACAUCUAAUAAUGUCUUCGCUACAACCAAUACAAGCUCUGAAUUUAGAUUCAGUCAAACAACAAGCAUUCAUAAAAUACUUCAGAUCAUUACCAGAGAAACCACCUACAACAGUAAGAAUAUUCGAUCGCAAUGAUUACUACAGUGUGCAUGGUUCGGACGCAACAACUGCGGCGAGAGAGGUGUUUUCGUCGAUAUCAAAUAUCAAAAAAAUGGGUAUCGAACCUAAUCGGCUGGACUAUCUCGUACUCUCGAAAGGGAACUUUGAAAUACUGAUACGGAAACUUUUACUGGUACGUCGCUACAGAGUAGAAAUAUAUGUAUCUGAAGGGUCUGCAAAGGCCAAUGAAUGGUUUUUGAAAUACAAAGGAUCACCAGGAUGCCUCUCGCAGCUGGAAGAAGUUCUCGGCGAAGGUCUCGGUUCGCCCAACGAUAAUGGACCCUGUUUAAUGGCUGUUAAUAUCAAAACGGAUCCAGUUACUAAGGGUCGUCUUUUGGGAGUAGCGUGUAUAACAGCGAAUGAAUAUCAUAUGUCGGUAUCGGAAUUUACUGAUGACGACUUGCUCACUCAAUUGGAGACUAUUACGGUGCAAAUGGCGCCCUCCGAGUGUCUUGUACCGCAGGCGGAUAAUGAUGAUUACAAAUCGCUCAAAAAGGUAAUGGACCGCGCGAACAUAACAUUGACUAAGUUGAAGAAAAUCGAUUUCUCCACCGAAGGAGUCAUUCAAGAUUUGAACAGGCUUCUUAAGUUCAAAGACAAUCAGCAACAAGACGCGAAUGCUUUUCCUGAGACUACAUUAAAUUCAGCGAUGGCGAGUCUCGCCGCGGCAAUUAGAUAUACUUCGCUACUAACAGAUAGCACCAACUUUGGAAGAUUUCGUAUAAAUUCGAUAAAAGCAGAAUGCUACCUGCACUUGGACGCAGCGGCACUAAGUGCACUAAAUGUACUGCCCGAGCUGGGCGACACUUCGCACGCGCCGGCGCGCAGUUUGUACGGAUUGCUCGAUAGAUGUCGUACGCAGCAAGGAAAAAGACUCUUAGCACAAUGGUUGCGUCAGCCGCUUCGCGAUAUAAAUCUCAUAAAUGAACGAUUGGACAUAGUUGAGUUGCUGGUGAACAAUUCACAAUUGCGUCUGCCGUUGCAUGAUGACCAUCUACGAAGGAUUCCGGAUUUGCAAGCUUUAGCUCGAAGACUGACGAGGAAAAAGGCUAAUUUACAUGAUUGUUAUAAAAUAUAUCAGGCAAUACAAAGACUGCCAGCAUUACUACAAUGUUUGGCUGAAUCAAACAGUCCAACAGUUCAUUCGUCCUUAACAGAACCAAUAUCUGAACUCAAUGAUGACUUGGAUAAGUUUCAACAGAUGAUUGAAACCACAGUCGAUAUGGAUGCUGUUGACAGAGGUGAUUUUCUUGUGAAGCCAUCAUUUGAUGAUCAACUUCAAACCCUUCAUGAAGAGCUAGAGAAAAUUCAGGCAUCCGCAGACAAAGAGCUAAAUAGAGCAGCUAAUGAUUUAGGACUUGACGCAGGCAAGACAAUUAAGCUUGAAAAUAAUCCACAGAAUGGAUUUUAUUUCAGGGUAACAUUGAAAGAAGAGCAAGCACUGCGUGGUAACAAGAAGUACACAAUAAUAGAUGCUGUUAAAAGUGGUGUGAGAUUCAAAACUAAUAAAUUGGAGAGCAUCACUGAGGACUAUGUUCAGACUAGGACUAACUAUGAGAAGGAACAGGACAAAGUUGUAGCGGAAAUCAUUGGGAUUGCAGCUGGCUAUUCAGAAUGUCUCUUCUGUCUGUCCCACAUAAUAUCGCGACUGGAUGUGCUAGUAUCAUUCGCUGUAGCAGCAACCACAGCCCCAUAUCCAUACACUCGGCCAGUAAUCACGGAGAGUUUGGAUGAACUGGUGCUGAAGGAUGUUAGACACCCGUGCUUGGAGGUGCAGGAGGGUGUGUCGUUUAUACCCAAUGAUGUGGUGUUUAAACGAGACUCAUGCCUAAUGCACAUAGUAACAGGCGCAAACAUGGGCGGCAAGUCCACUUGGAUGCGUUCAUGCGGGAUAGCCGUGCUUCUGGCCCACACGGGGUGCUUGGUCCCCGCGAGUGUGGCCCAUGUCCCACGUUUGAGAGCGUUGUGCGCUAGAGUGGGGGCCAACGACAGAGAGGAUAGAGGACAAAGUACAUUUAUGAUGGAAAUGAUAGAGUCCGCUGCUAUACUGAGGACCGCUACCCCAGACUCACUGGUGCUUGUGGAUGAACUCGGUCGAGGAACAUCCACGUAUGAAGGCUGCGGCAUCGCCUGGGCCAUUGCAGAAAAAUUAGCAACGGAAAGCAAAUGUUUUUGCCUGUUCGCGACACACUACCACGAGCUGACCAGACUGCCGAGUUUGCAUCCGAACGUUAUAGUGAAUUCGCACGCGGAAGCAUCAGUAAUAAACCAACAAUUGUUGUUGUUGCAUAAAAUCGUCCCCGGACCGGCCACACAUUCCCUGGGAUUGCAUGUUGCAAAGUUAGCUGAUUUACCCGACUCUAUUAUUCAGUAUGCAGAAGCGAAACAAGCUGAAUUGGAAACAAAUUUGUUUGAAAUUGAAUCGUCCGUUGAAACAUACGAAUCAAAUGAGGGCCAGAAGCUUAUGACUGAAUUUCUCAGAAAAUGUAAACAAAUACAAGAGACGGUGGCUUCCGACCAAGACAUGAUGAUGGAGAUCAAUAAACUUAAACAGGAUCUGUUAAAACAGAACAGUAAAUAUGUGAACUCCUUGUUGGCUGUGUAAAUGUGAUUGAAAAAAAAUUUUUUCGUA